UAUGUGUAUAUCAAGCCAAGCAUUAGAGUCUUGAGAAAAAAAAGGUGAAAGCGACCAUGCUUGUCCUCACAUAUUUCUAAUCCAAUAACCAUUUGGAUUGUUGUUCAACUUUAGAAUUACCAAUUAAUUUCAUCGUGUUAUCUAAGAUGACAGACUUAACCAAGAAGAAAUUAGCCGGAAAAGUAGCCAUAGUCACCGGCGGAGCAAGCGGUAUCGGCGAAGCCACAGCGCGUUUGUUCGCCGAGCACGGCGCCCGUAUGAUCAUCAUCGCCGAUAUCCAAGACCAACUCGGCCAACAAGUAGCUACUUCAAUCGGUUCCCACAAUUGUACUUACAGUCGCUGCGACGUUACCGAUGAAAACCAAGUGAAAGCAUUGGUCGAAUUAAGUAUUCAAAAGUAUGGUCAACUUGAUAUAAUGUUUAGCAAUGCUGGGAUUAUAAGUAAAUCCGAUCAGAGCAUUCUUGAUCUUGAUUUCCGACAGUUUGAUGGGUUGAUGGCGGUCAACCUCCGUGGCAUGUCUGCAUGCGUUAAGCACGCGGCGCGUGCGAUGGUGGAGAAAAAGGUGAGAGGAAGUAUUGUAUGCACGGCGAGUGUGGCGGCCAGCCAUGGAUCGAAACGGCGGACGGACUAUUGCAUGUCGAAGCAUGGGGUGUUGGGAUUAGUUCGAUUGGCGAGUAAACAGCUAGGGAUGUAUGGUAUAAGGGUAAACUGUGUGUCGCCGAAUGGGUUGGCGACGCCGAUGACAUGCGAGGUGCAUGAGAAGAGUGUGGAGGAGGUUGAGGAAAUCUACGAGGCUGGAAGGGCUCUGAAAGGAGCGGUGUUGAGAGCCGAACACGUGGCGGAUGCAGUGCUGUUUCUUGCAAGUGAUGAGUCGGAGUUGAUUACUGGCCAUGACCUCGCCGUCGACGGUGGCUUCCAAGCUUGGUGAUUUUGAGGAACUGCACGUAGCUUCGAAUCUAGUGCAAAAAAGGAUGGUGCUUAACAUGGAUAGUAUUCAAUACCAUCUUUUGGGUGAUCUUGAAGAACUGCAUGUAACUUGGAAUCUAGGGCUAAAAAGGGUGGUGCUUAAUAUGGAUAGUACUAUAAUUAUUUAUCUUAUUCAAGCAAUUUCAGUAAAACAACAUCAUUUAGUUGUAUUAUGAGUUAUUAAAGAUCUAUUUCAAUUA